UGUGUGAAACCCUCAUUCACAAAAACACACACAGGCACACAGAAACGAAGGCAAAAGACUCCGCUCUCCGAAAAAACUCUUCGCAAAUCUUUUCAGAGUGUGUACAGCAGCGGUACAACAGUCGUCAUGUUGGGGACCUGGAUUCUGGUUGUGUUUUGUGUCUGCCUCCUCUUCCUCUUCAUCAGGAUCCAGAGGCCCAAGAACUUCCCUCCUGGACCACGACCCAUUCCUUUAUUUGGGAACUUGUUUCAUUUUAACAUCAAAAAUCCUCUGAAAGACUUUGAAAAGUUGGCUGAGAAAUAUGGAAAUGUUUACAGCCUGUCUAUUGGGACAAAACCAGCUGUUGUUCUUAAUGGUUUACAAGCUGUAAGAGAAGCUCUGGUGAACAAAUCUUCAGACUUCUCAGGACGCCCGCAGACCCUGGUUAAGGAUGUACAUAGAGGAAAAGGCGUCAUAAUGGCGGAUUAUGGUUUUCAAUGGAAGGAGCAUCGGCGCUUUGCUCUUAUGACCUUAAGGAACUUUGGCUUGGGAAAACAGUCUAUGGAGAACAGGAUUCUGGAAGAAAUUAAACACCUAGUUGCAAAAUUGGAGAAAUUUUCUGGAAGUUCCUUUUAUCCUCAGACUUUGUUCCAUGAUGCAACAUCAAAUAUCAUCUACCAGGUUUUGUUUGCCACUCGGUAUGAUUAUGGCAGUGAAACCCUUAAAAUGUACGUUCGCCUGUUUGCUGAAAAUGCAAAGCUCUAUAGUGGAACUUGGGCAAUGAUUUAUGACGCGCUUCCUCUAGUAAGGUCCUGGCCCCUUCCCUUUAAAAAAGCUUUUGAUAAUUACACCACAAUGAAAAGCAUGACAGUAGACAUGAUCAAGGAGCACAAGACAACGAGAGUGCCAGGAAAACCAAGAGACCUUGUUGACUGCUAUCUGGAUGAGCUUGAUAAGAGAGACAAUGAAUCUACUUUUAGUGAAGAGCAACUUGUGACAUAUAUUUUGAAUCUGCAUAUAGCUGGAACUGAGACGACAUCCAACACACUUCUUACAGGGAUUCUCUACCUCAUGGCUCAUCCAGACAUUCAGAAGAAAAGUCAGCAGGAGAUUGAUAGAGUAAUGGAUGGAAAAUCUCAGGUGUCCUUUGAGGACAGACACAACAUGCCGUAUACACAGGCUCUGAUUCAUGAGUGUCAGCGCAUCGCCAACGUCACCCCUUUGAGCGCAUUUCACUGUACCACGAAAGAUACUGAACUGAUGAACUACACCAUACCAAAGGGAACUACGAUCAUCCCCAACUUGUCCUCAGUGUUGAGUGAAGAAGGCCAGUGGAAGUUUCCUCAUGACUUUAACCCAUCAAACUUCCUAAAUGAUCAGGGGCAGUUUGAAAAGCCUGAGGCCUUUAUACCCUUUUCUGCUGGCCCUCGUGUGUGUCUUGGAGAAGGCCUGGCCCGCAUGGAGCUCUUCCUAUUCUUGGUUUCUCUCUUGCACCGCUUUCAGUUUUUUUGGCCUGAAGAUGCAGGAGAACCAGAUUUCACUCCUGUGUUUGGACUAUCACUUUCACCAAGACCAUACAGAAUGGGAGUCAGGCUGAGAUGGCCAGCUAAAGAAAUAUAGAAUUACAACCAUAUACAGUAUGACUACAUACUGUACAGGAAACUUAUUUGAGGCUAAUAAGAAUUUAGUCUGUCCUUGUUCUUAGGCAAAGUACUGUAGUUCUAGCCUAUUCUGAAAUAAUUUCUUGGCAGUUUUACAUUUACUUACUUAUUUUCUGAUGGUCAUGUAUGUAAAAUCUUUUACUUUUUUGAGAUCUGGCCAUUGGGGUCAACAGAGUUUUAGUCAGGUAAAAUUCCAGCUAUUAUAAUCAUAUUAAAUUAACCUGCUUAACCCACAAGUAGUAAACCUGGAUCCUUUUUUUCAACAGUGAAAUAAAAGCUACAUUUCUAACUAGAUGCUUAUGUUUGUAUUUAUUAAUGCCAAUUAUCCAAAAUUUUAAUCUUUAAAAAUAAUGCAUCACUAUUUGACAGCUUAUCUCUUAGUUAUAGUAACCAAAGUAAAUUUGUGCAAAUACCAACCAAUGUGUUUGGGAAGCAAAAAGAUAAUAUUUAUUUAUAUAAAAAAUGGUUUUGUCUGUACAUUGGCCAGAACUCACUUUUUCAUACAACUUGCAAAAAAUUGAUCUCAGAAAAUUUUCUGUCUGUAAUGUCUGCAUUUCCAGUCAGAAUUUGUCACAAGAUCACUCAAAACUAGCUGGACAAAAUUUUAUGAAACUUCGGCAGUACUUAGGUUGCAUAAUGUUAAAACUAUGGGCCUGGCUAUACACGUCACUCAACAGAGCCAAUCAAUGCGUUAGUUUAUCUUGUAUAGACAGAGUAUGUGUAAGACACAGAAACAAUUGUAAUACACCUACAAGCUGCCAAAAUCCUCAGGAAAUAGAGAUGCAGCAUGGCUUACUGCAAAAAAAAAAAGAUCCUUGAAAGAUGAAUGGACAGAUCAAUAUAUGUUCAUUAUUCCUAAGGGAACUAUGAUACAACUAGUUACUUCAUUGGUUCUGAAAUCGUAGGACUAAGAAAAAGCAGUAAUGUAAAGACAACUAGAUAAAUGUUGAAUGAAU